AUGCGCACUCCCUACUUGGGGGGGGGUGAGGGAGGCGGGCCGUACCCCCCGGAAACCGUGGAGAGAGGCCGGCCGGAGACCUGGAGGAAGCUAACCCACAUGGCGGGCGAACAGCAGGGCCCUAGGCUUGCGGAGAGGAGGGGACACGAGCUGGACUGCGGCUGCGCAGACUCCAGGCCGUGGGCGGGGGCGUCCUGGGCGGGACUUCCUGCGCGCACGGGCGUGUGUGGCGUGGCGUCGCCUAGGAGACAAAAGCGGAGCGGGAAGCUAGAUGGUGCAGUUAAGAAACCUCAUUCUCUAAGGACACCAUCCAGCAAGAAGUCUUCUGCUCUCUCUGUGGUUCAGAAUCAGUUACCUAGUACCAGGCAUCCAGUUCAACGUCGUGCCUUACAUACUUGGAACCGGAAGGGCCGGUUAAGAGAAUUACGUCUCAGAUGUGUUGCCAGAAAGUUCUUGUAUUUGUGGAUUCGAAAGACUUUUGGAAGAAUAUUUCCCUCUAAAGCCAGAUUUCACUAUGAACAGAAAGUCCUGCAGAAGGUCUUCAAAGAGUGGAAAGAAGAGUGGUGGAUUUCCCAUCGAGAGUGGAAGCUUUGCAUUCGAGCUGAUUGUCACUAUAGAUAUUACUUGUACAACCAGAUGUUCCAGACCUGGAAGACCUACGUGCUUCAGCAGCGGGAGAUGAGGACCAAGUACACGAGAGCUGAGGAUUAUGAUGCAAAGCAGAAGAUGCGCCGAGCCUGGAAGCGUUGGUUGAUCUAUGUGGUGGUUCGUAGGACCAAACUUGAGAUGCAAACUGCUGCCAUGGAGUUUAGGCACCGGAGCAUCUUGUUGAUAUGGUGGAGGGAGUGGAGGCGGUGCCUAGAACAAGUCCACAUGGCCGGUGCCCGCCAUGCCUCAGCUGUGAAGCACAGAGACAGGACUCUCCAGCAGCAGGCAUGGUCCAGGUGGCAGGAGCAACUCCUGCAUAUCCAGAGGGACAGACAGAAGAUGGCCUGUGCACUGAAGCAUCUGCAGCAUAGACAGAAACGGAGCUGCCUGAGGGCCUGGCUGGAGUACCUGCAACUCCGCAGAGCCAAGAGACAGAGGGCUGAGACAGCAGAACGAUUCCACCGUGUCAACAUGCUCCAGACACGUUUCUGUGACUGGCAGUGGGCCUGGAAGUGGAGGGAGAGCUUGUAUGCCCACCACGCCCUGGUGGAGGAGCUGGCCACGCGGAUGGCGCUGCGGCGGGCCUUUACUCACUGGAAGCACUAUGUGCUGAUAUGUGUGGAAGAAGCUGCCCAGUAUAAGAUGGCAGAGGAGCACCACCGGCGUCACCUGCUGACUUUCUGCUUUAGAGCUCUACAGGGCAAUGUGGCCCAGGCCCGUCUUCAGCAGAUCAGACGAAAUCUUGCCCAUCGGCAGCAUGAGGCCGCGCUGCUGCGCAGGUUCUGGGACUCCUGGCUGUGUCGAGUUGAGCAGAGGGAAGAACGGGAGCAGCUGUCCUCACUGCUUGCGGCCUGGGCUCACUACAGGACAACAUUGCUACACAAGUGCAUCAGACGCUGGUCACAGCACACUCAGAAGAGACACUACAAGCAGAUGCUGCAGGCCAGAGCUGAUGGCCACUUCCAGCGGACAGCCCUUCCCGCUGCCUUCCUGGCCUGGAAGAGCCGGUGGCGGUGGCAGCAGCGUGACAGAGCCCUGAACACUAGAGCAACGUGUUUUCACAGGGAGACACUGGAAAGGCAAGUAUUUGGUAUUUGGUGGCAGAAGACAUUUCAGCAUCAAGAAAACCGCCUGGCAGAAAGAGUGGCCAUCCUUCAUGCCGAACGGCAGCUCCUGUGCAGGGCCUGGUCCACAUGGCACCAGCAGGCGGCAGCACAUCACCAGGAGCGACAAAGACAAGCUCUGGCCUGUGUCCACCAUCGCCACUGGCAGCUCCGGAGAGCCUGCCGGGUCUGGAGGGAGAGCACUCAUGGGCUCAGAGCCGAGAAACUGGGGCAGGUGCGGGCUGUGGAGUUCCACUCGCUGCAGCUGCUGCGUUGGGCCUGGAACAGGUGGAAGGAGAGCAUGGCCCUGUUACACGCCCAGCGGCGGAAGUUGGUGCUGGCCGACCUGCAUCACCAGCGCUCCUUGCUGCACCGGGUGCUGCGGAGAUGGCUGACUUACCAGGACGGGGUGCGGCGUGUCCUGCAGGAGGUGGCAGCCAGAGAGAGCCGUCACAACAGGCACCUGCUGCGGGGCGCAUUACGUCACUGGCGGAAGAACACUGUGGCCCGUGCAGAUGAAGCUCAGAAGACCUUACAAGCACGUGAUCACUACAGAAGAACCAUCUGUUCAAAGGUCUUCGUUUACUGGAGGGAGGAGGCAUCAGUGCAGAUCUACUACCGUCAGCAGGAGGACUCCGCUGUGAGCAAGGCCCGGGCCAUGCUGGACAGGGGCUACGUCCUGACAGUUUUCCGGCGCUGGAGGAGCCGCAGCCAGAGCUCAGCCCAGCAGAGAGUCCAGCUGGAGAGGGCAGCCAAGCACCACACACGCCGGCUUCUGCGUGAGGCCUUGUCGCGGUGGAAGUCCUACCAUCGCGGGUGGAUCAGGAAGACGCUCCUGCAAAGGCGAGGCGCCCAGCUUCUGGCCCAGCGACUUUGCCGGACCUGCUUCCACCAGUGGAGACGGCAGCUGGCGGCCCGGAGGGAGGAGCAGCAGGGCACAGCUCGAGCCCUGUGGUUCUGGUCCUUCUCGCUGCAGGCGAAGGCCUGGGACGCCUGGCAGGGCUUUGUGCAGGAGAGGAGGAGAAAGAGGGCGCGCCUGGAGCAGGCGAUGCAGACCCACCAGCAGCAGCUCCUGCAGAGGGGCGUCACCCACCUUCUGCGCUUCACAGCGGCCACCAAGGCCUCCCGGCAGCAGCUGCUUGUCCAGCAGCAGGCCCAGAUGGCCCACAGCCUCUACCGCAUCGUCCACCGCUGCGCCAUGCUCUGGAAGCAGAAGGCACUGGGCCCGGCCAGGGAGCCUCAGUCCAUCGUGCCUGGCAGGAGAGUGACAUUCGAGGUCCCCCUUCUCAGCUGCAUCCCUGACAGGGCCGGGGACACCUCCCUGGAGACCAGGACCCAGGGAACGAGACCCAGGCGAGGCCUGGACAGCCUGGCCCUGGCUGCUGGGGACCGCCAGCUCCCGGAGCUGGGUGUUGCCCACCCAGAGAGGAAGCAGCCACGGCGCCCUGACUUCCUGCUGGAGUUCAAGCAGAGCCAGAAACCCCUGGAGCCCAAGGAGCACGGCCUCACCAUGGUUCCACCAGCCAACAGGUCCCAGACAGCCCUGGCCCCACAAGGACCCCCAUCCAAGCCUGAGGCCCCAGCCAGCAGUUCCUGGACAGCCCUGGCCCCACAAGGACCCCCAUCUGAACCUAGGGCCCUGCUGAGACCUCCUGAGCCAAGGCUGCCCCCCACAGAGAGUGCACCCCCAGAACUGGUGCUGCUGCCCCCAUCCUCCUUCAUGCUGCACGAGGCAGAUCAGUCAGCCAGGGUGUCAGCAAAGCUGCAGGCGCCCCCAGCCCUGGCCAGUGCCUCCAGCCUCCACUUGCUCCUCCCUGGGGACCUCACAGGUCCUGGGUUUGGGCCCGGGCCCGAGGUGGCAGGUGUGCAUCCUGGCGCACUGGGCAGCACUGACCUGGAGCUUGAACUCGAGGGGAUCCGCCAACAAUUACAGCACUACCAGAUCACCAAGCAGAACCUCGGGUCUUGUCAGCGGCAGGCACGCAGCCUGCGCAGGUGGCUGGAGCUGAGCCGGGAGGAGCCCGAGCCCGAGGACCGGGAAGCGGAGCAGCAGGUGCAGAGCGAGCUGGAGGAGGUGGAGGCCCAGAUCCAGCACCUGGCCGCGGAGCUCCGGGCCCAGCGCCAGCCCGUGGGGGCCUGCAUCGCCCGGGUACAGGCCCUGUGGCGUGCCCUGUGCUAG